GGCAGAACUGAAAAAAAUGGUCGAGGGUGCCUAAACAUAAGGAAUUUUCAUGUGAUAUAAAUGUGUAUCUGAAGGAAUUACUUUCUGCUUGGUUCUUCUAGGGAGACAUGGGUGACCCAGGACCUCAAGGACCACCAGGCCCAUCUUUUACCUGUGGCGCUCAGAAAGGAGAUCCGGGUCUUCCAGGAUUCCCAGGCAUCAAUGGAGAGGCAGGAAUUCCAGGCCCUCGUGGUUUACCAGGACCACCCGGCAACUCGUUUGGACCAGGUUUACCGGGCCCUGCAGGGUUUCCAGGUCUUCAGGGACCGAAAGGAGAGAAGGGGCUAAAAGGAAGGGAUGAGUGCCUAUCUGAACCAAAAGUUGGUCUUCCAGGGAAUCCGGGAAUGGAAGGUCCACCAGGUUUCCCCGGAGCUAAAGGCCGCCCAGGUGUCCUUUGUGAAACACUGGGAUCGUUGGGGCCACCAGGUCAAAGUGGUGCACGGGGACCUCCGGGCCAGAAAGGAGCAAUUGGUUUAAAGGGAGAUGAGGGGGAAUGUCGCUGCUGUCUGGAUAAGGAAAGAACUCCAGGAAAACCAGGUGAUCCAGGAAUGCCUGGGGAUCCUGGAAUUUCUGGAAGAAAGGGAGAAUGGGGAGACCGUGGACUCCCAGGAUUUCCUGGAUUGUCGGGACUUGGUGGACGAUCGGGAUUGCAAGGGCCUGACGGAGUGAAGGGCCAGAAAGGAGAAUCCACUCAAUGUGGAUGGAAAGGAGAGAAUGGAGAUCAGGGUGAUCCUGGAGCUGUUGGUGUGAGAGGAACACCAGGUCAGCCUGGUCAACAUGGAAAUCCCGGAAUGAUGGGCGACCCUGGAGUCCGUAAGUUUAUAGUACUGUAUUUUCUGUUGUAUGUUUACAUUUCCUGCAGGGUGAAGACUAUGUUUGGAUCUCCAGGAAACAAGGGUUUACUUGGUUUUCCGGGGCCUCGAGGUUUCCCAGGACCACGUGGACCUCCAGGAGUGGGCAUUCGUGGUUCAGAAGGUCAACCAGGUCCUAUGGGAGAUGUUGGCUUUCCAGGACAUCCAGGACAUAACGGCAUUAAAGGUCAAAGAGGUGACUCCACCUGUACUCCAAUCCCAGGUCCAGAUGGUGCGAAAGGAAUGCAGGGACCUCUAGGGCUGAAAGGUUAUCCAGGGAUACCUGGCAGACGAGGGCAGAAUGGUUUAGAUGGGCAUAAAGGUGUCAAAGGCGAUCCCGGCCUGACAAUGCAUCCUGGAGCACCAGGUUCCCAAGGAUGCGUUGGUGACCCAGGUCCUCCUGGAUCUCCUGGGUCUUCUGAAGAUGGAGCUCCAGGCCUUCAAGGACUUCAAGGUGUUCAAGGAGAAGCGGGUCUUCCUGGUGAUCCAGGUGAUGGCCUUCCAGGGCCUCCUGGACAAGCUGGAAGAGACGGUUUAUUCGGCGCAAGAGGAGAGCCUGGAAGUCCUGGAUGUCGAGGAAGACAAGGAAACAAUGGAGUCCCUGGAUUGCCAGGAUUUAAAGGAUUGCAAGGCAAGAGAGGCCUGGCCGGAGUGUCGGGGGAUCCUGGUUUUCCAGGUGACCAGGUGAAUGGAGAUCCAGGUCCACGUGGGCCUCCAGGGCGUCCAGGUUUACGUGGCCCCCAAGGAGUGUCUCUAAAAGGGUUUCUGGGAAACCCAGGUUCCUUGGGCACAGCAGUGAUGAAGGGUAUUCCAGGAAUGGCUGGGAAUCCAGGAAUACCAGGCCCAGUUGGCCAACAAGGUGAAGCCGGUCCUGAGGGAACGAGGGGAAGACCCGGCAUUCGUGGUUCUGCAGGCAGCGUUGGCAGCCAAGGUAUUUCGGGGUUUGCAGGAGUACCAGGUCCUCAGGGACUUCCAGGCCUUCCUGGACAACGUGGUCCAAAUGGGGAUGAUGGAACGACAGGCCCUGAUGGAGAGAAAGGAGUUCCUGGAAUGAAAGGUACGGGACAUUGGACGUUAGGAGCCAUCGGGGAACCAGGAGAAAAGUCAGCACCAAAUAUAAUUUAUGUAAGAGGUGAUCGUGGAAUCCCAGGCAUUCCUGGAGAAGCUGGAUUUACAGGACCAAGAGGCCUGGUUUACCAGGAUCCAAGAAAGGCUUACCUGGGAUGUGGGGACCAACAGGUCCAGCCGGACGACAGGGUUCAAUGGGACCAAAAGGUCAAAGAGGUAUCAUUGGAUUUCCUGGAAUGUAUGGUGAGAAAGGGGACAGUGGAGAAUGCGGAAUUCCUGGAUUACUGGGGACCUCAGGUUGUAAAGGAGCGAAAGAAGGAGACAGAGGAUGGUACCAGGGGACUGUUAUUUGGAUUUAUGGCCUUUGACCAGUGGUACGCCAUAGGGAUUGGUGCUGGAUCCAUGUUGUUUGUCAUUUAUAUUAACAAUUUGGAGCCUGCUGUGGUUGACAUGAUGGGUUACCUGGACAACGUGGUCUCCAUGGUUCAAAUGGAAAGCCGGGUCAACCUGGAGCAACAGGAAUCCAUGGAGUUCCCGGGACCCCUGGUUUCCCAGGUGCUCAAGGGCCUCCAGGAGAUUCAGGGGUGCCAGGUCCCUCAGGAUUACCUGGUGUGCAGGGACAACCAGGACCUGUGGACUCUCCAUGUGCACCAGGCCUCAAAGGACCUAGUGAACCUGGACCAUCAGGAUCGCCAGGACCACAGGGUCCUAAUGGUGCAAAGGGUGCUCCAGGACCUCCUGGUGGACCUACUCCAUGCCCAAGAGGAACACCAGGACCUCGAGGCCCAGAAGAUCGCAGGUGAGAGUGGGCCACCUGGACCUCCAGGCCUAAGAGGACCAACCUGCAGUAUUAUAUCUCACGGACCUCAAGGAAGUGAUGGUCUGCAAGGUGUUGAUGGUCCACCAGGUCCUCCUGGUUUUCUAGGUGAUCCCGGGCUGCCUGAUAUCACAUUUCAAGGGGAUCCCGGCGAACCAGGUGCAGUGGGAGAACGUGGUGCUAAAGGACCACCCGGGGACUGGGGUCCAUGUGGACCUCAUGGCUUAGCAGGGCCACCAGGUCCAAAAGGUGAACCAGGAGAGCAGGGGUUUCCUGGGUUCCAUGGGCUCGAUGGAAAAGAUUGGGAUUACCAGGUACAGAUCAAGGUGAUUCAAUAUUUACCAUCGGUGCCCCGCUUAUCCCUCCACCGAAAACGGUGUCCAAGGGCGCUUCAAGCCUCCUACCAUUACCAAUCUGUGGCUGAUUUCACACCAGGAGAGGUAGAUAGUUAG